AUGAUCGCUAUCGGCCUGGAGGGCUCCGCCAACAAGCUUGGCGUGGGCAUCAUGUUGCAUCCUGAUAAUGGCAAACCCCCGCAGGUACUCGCGAACAUCCGUCACACUUAUGUCUCCCCCCCGGGUGAGGGUUUCCUCCCUAAAGACACCGCUAGGCAUCAUCGCGCUUGGGUGGUAAAGCUAGUGAAAAAAGCGCUCAAGGAAGCUCGUGUGUCCGUCCAGGAUGUGGAUUGUAUUUGUUUCACCAAGGGCCCUGGUAUGGGAGCUCCCCUUCAGAGCGUUGCGGUUGCGGCUCGGAUGUUGAGUCUAUUAUGGGGCAAGGAGUUGGUCGGUGUAAAUCAUUGUGUCGGACAUAUCGAGAUGGGUAGACUCAUUACAGGCUCUACCAAUCCAGUUGUACUCUAUGUUUCCGGAGGAAACACACAAGUAAUUGCAUAUAGCUCGCAAAGGUACCGGAUCUUCGGCGAGACUCUUGAUAUUGCGGUGGGUAACUGCUUGGACCGGUUCGCACGAACGCUACACAUUUCCAAUGACCCGGCUCCGGGAUAUAAUAUUGAACAGUUAGCCAAAAAGGGCAAGCAGUUAGUUGAUCUACCAUACACUGUAAAGGGAAUGGACUGCUCCUUCUCUGGUAUCUUAGCCGCAGUGGAUGGCUUGGCCGCGACAUAUGGACUAGGUGGUGAAGGGAAGGGUGAUGAGACCGAUACACCUAUACCUGAUGCUGAUGGUAAUGGGAAACCCACCCGCGCGGACUUGUGCUUUUCACUCCAAGAGACUAUCUUCUCCAUGCUUGUUGAAAUUACGGAACGCGCAAUGGCACACGUCGGCUCCAAAGAAGUUCUGAUUGUCGGUGGUGUCGGUUGCAAUGAGAGGUUACAGGAGAUGAUGGGGAUCAUGGCCCGAGACCGCGGAGGUAGCGUCCAUGCCACAGACGAAAGAUUCUGUAUCGAUAAUGGAAUCAUGAUCGCGCAAGCUGGUUUGCUCGCGUACUCGACUGGAUUCCGCACGCCAUUAAAGGAUUCCACAUGUACGCAGCGGUUCCGAACGGAUGACGUGUUCGUAAAGUGGAGGGAUUAA